AUGCAUAAAAGUCGCCUCAACAAAAACCGCCUCAGCCAACUCCCAGAGCUGCUGUUUCAGAAGAACGAGGCCCUGUCUCGACUAGAUGUGAGUGAGAAUUUCAUCCACGCCAUCCCAAGGAGAGCCUUCAGAGGAGCAACGGACCUCAAAAACCUUCAGCUGGAUAAAAACCACAUUAGCUGUAUAGAGGAGGGGGCGUUCAGAGCUCUGCGGUCUCUGGAAGUACUCACGCUGAACAACAACAACAUCAGCAGUAUUCCAGUCUCCAGUUUCAACCACAUGCCGAAGCUCCGCACCUUUCGUCUCCACUCUAACUCUCUGCGGUGUGACUGUCACCUGGCCUGGCUGUCUCCGUGGUUGCGGCAGCGGGCGGCGUUGGGCCUGUACACUCAGUGCAGCUCUCCCCCGACGCUGAGGGGCCUCAACCUCGCCGAGCUGAGGAAGAGCGACUUCGCCUGCUCGGGACACGGAGGAAGCGCCUUCGUCCAGCCGUGGCAUCCGGCGUCG